CAGGUGUUGUGGCACCUUAGAUUCAGAGCAAACUGGAGGUAAGGUGUGGAUAAACAGACGGUUUCUGAAGAUGGGUCCCCAGCUCUACCUCACAAUGUACAAGGCGCAUUUCAGAUCUCCGGGCAGAGCAAAAAAAGCUGAACUUCGACCCACCUCAGCCCACCGCAGGAACAACCCUCAGCCACGGCCGGACUUCUUGUUUCCCCGCAGUGUUCGGUCAAGCUACAGACCAACGCGCACGCUACUCCACCCUUCGCCCCCUGUGGACACCGGCCGGCCCCUUUUCCCCCCUGUGAACCAUUUCUCAGCUCACAAUCCUGUCUCAGCUUUUCCUGAAAACCCUUUAGGCAAAACAAAUUCAGACAGCCCACAUCACAUGCCUCCUAUCAAGGCCCACAAACUCCAGCAGAUAGAGACUCCUGCUGCGAGUGACGGUCAAGUUCCCACCACUCUGAGGAGCCCUAAUAAGACAGCAGAUUAUCAGAGGAAUGUCAAUCCACUCUCAGCACGACAACUCAGACCACAAGCAGGAGUUCAGUUUCAGACCAGACCACAAACGAGCAACCCUCCUGCAGCUGCAGCUCCUCUCUGCUUUGCGCGGACGCCUUACAGGAAAUGUUGCUCAACCAGAACUCAGGAUUUUAGCGACUGCUACAGCUGCUUUCAUGUAGUGAGGCCCUGCCAGGCUGCUCACUACGUCAUACACCCAGAGUUUGUCUCUGAAAGCCUUUAUUAGGAACACCGGAGGUUUCCCGUCUUCCAAGCUGGGGAGAUUCAGAACGAGAGUCUGUUCAGCUACUUCCCUAUGCUCUGCUAAUUAACCACACCACUCCUUGCAGAGCAGCAUGCAGACUUUUUAAAAUAAACAGCAAUGUCUUUCAAAGGGUUGGCUUGUCAUGAUCAAGUUGGAUGAAGAGCAGUCACUCUGUUGUGCUACCAGUGCAUCUGAAUAUUAUAUUGCAUUUAUACUUUUUUUUUGAAA